UUCUUCUUCCUGUUGCGUGGAGGAGGUCUCACUGCUGCCACCUGGCGCCCUGGAGGAAAACCCGCGGCAGUUUGUUAUUAGCCUACGAUGCUAGUUAGCUCUGCGGCUAACGAAACAAACUUACCUCGUGUGUUGUUUUUUCUGUCUCCCGCCGCCACUUGUCGUUUUUUGUGUUUAUAAGAAAAGGUGCUGAAAAAACAUCGCGGCCGCUUUUUUUCUAAAUGCGAGGUCCGGUUUAUCAUCGUGGCUGACUUGAGAUGAAGAUAGGGUUAGCUUAGCUGCCGUGUUUGCUAACCAAGGUAGCGAUGGACCACCCCCGAUCAGCGUACAAAAGGGAAAGAGGCGACGGUUGGAGAAAUCCCCACGAGAAUAAACAGUUAAAGCCAAACCAUCACCAGCAGCGUCAGUCUGGAUCAGCUCCAGAGCCAAACCCGCUCGGCUCUCAGAGUCUGAGCACCAGAAGGGAGCUCUAUGAAAGAGACUUUCCUGUUUACAAGCAGCCUGUCGAAGUAGGAAGUUUUUCCCUCGAUGGUGAGCGCAGAUUCUUCAACGACGACAGGCAGAUGAGAUACUACGAGGAACCUGAGAGGAGUCCCAAUUUCGACCUGAGGGAUGGAUACAAGGACCGCUUUAUAAAAAGGGACGACAGUGUGAAGGAGAAGCUGGACCACAUCCUGCGCUGGAUCGUAGCCAAUAGAACAAAGUGUAUCCCAAGUGCGACCACGGCCUCAUCACGUGCUUUAGAUGCCGACUUUGUGACAUGGCGGGGUCACCUGACCAAGCUGCUGACCACUCCCUAUGAGACACGGGAGGGCUGGCUGCUGGCGGCCACCAUGUUUAGAGGAACGCUUUACAUCAGUGAAGUGGAAACAGAGGCUGCUCGGAGGGACCGAGAGAACCGCACUGAGAGGCAUGAAGAGAUGAUGUACUGGGGGUACAAGUUUGAGCAAUACACAUGUGCAGAUAAGGUCCACAGUUUACCUGACCCGGGUGGUGUGGUGAACACGAAUGAGGGCUUUUGCACUGUGGUGCAGACUCGGCUCGCGGAUCACAAACUUCUGUUCUCCGGCGAGGUGGACUGUCGGGAUAAAGAUCCCAACGCUCCAGCUGCUCCUGCCUGCUACGUCGAGCUGAAGACCUCUGCAGAGAUUUGCACCCCCAAACAGCGCAGCAACUUCCACAGGUUCAAGCUGCUGAAGUGGUGGGCGCAGUCGUUCCUCCCUGGGGUCCCUCGCGUUAUAGCAGGCUUUCGGGAUCAUGAAGGAGUGGUGGUUUCUCUGGAGACGUUUCACAUCUCCAAGAUAUCACAUCUCAUCAAGAAUGAAUUUAACUGCUGGAAGCCGACAGUCUGUAUGAACUUCUGCUGUGAUUUCUUGUCUUUUGUGAAGCAUGUGGUUACUGAAGACAACCCAAGUGUGGUGUACCUGUUCACCUGGGAGCCCCACAGAGAUGUGACCUACUCCAUCCACAGGGACUCCCCGUAUUCAUUCCUGCCCCGCUGGUAUAUCGAGGAGAUGAUCAGCAGUCGAGACUCACACCAUCAGUCCUGAUUUACAAUAUCUGGUCAAACAGAAUUCUUGAUAGAGGGAUUUUUUUAAACCAAAUACUUUGGCAUUUUAUGCAUGGACAACUUAACUUGUGCAGCUUGCAUAGAGUUCAUGAUCAUUUGGAGGGAAUUUUUUUAUUAUCCUGUAUGCGUGUGUCAGACUGAAGGGUAUUAUUUCCCCCCCGUGUGUGUGUGUGUGUGUGUGUGUGUGUGUGCGCGCGCGCGAGAGCAAACAGGCUACAUCCAUACUGUUUUUGUUUUAAAACCACCGUCCAUAGGAACAUACCUGAAAAGGCAUUAUCACAUGAUUAUUCACGUACACUGGGCAUGUGCGUGUCAGUGUAAACAGGAAGGAGAAUAUCUACUCUGCUGCUGAUUGCUUACAGCAAAUACUACAAACAAGGAACAAACAUGGUGAAAACAUAGAGCAGGAUUUCUUUUCUUGGACUGACGUGGUGAAACUGUUGAUGACAGUAAGUGUUUACAAUGUUCUGCCCUCACAGCUGGUAGAGUAGUGACUGAUAAGAACCAGGUGGCGAAUGCACGUGACUGCAUCUUCGCUUCCAAACGUUUUCAAACUCAAACGGGGCCAACAGCAAUUCCAACCUUUCCAGUUUUAGAGGCUGGAAAACUCCACAGUUGUGUUGACGGCAGGCGUAACUGUAGCAACAGUGAUCAGUUUUAAAACUAAAAGGUAGUAGUGUGGAUGUAGCCUCACUUUUGGUUCUGAUCUGUCGUAGGGGAGACUGCCUGCCCAAUGAGAACUGUGUGCUUGUCGUGUGAAAGUGCAGAGUGAAUGAGUUUUCUACCGAGUUUACGCCCUAAUAUUUCCUGCCUGUCGAGGAUGGUAUUCGUUCAUCAUUUGAAAGAGAGCUGUGUUUUUUUUUAUGUAAAACAAACAAUCACAAUGUAGUGUCAACAGUUUCACAAACUUUAUUAUUCCCUGGUUAUGACAAUAAUUUUAAAUUCCCAAAACAGUUAUGUUGAAAUAAACAAAAUUAGAAAAUGUUUUUAAAAAAUGUGUUGAAAAUAAAUGAAAGUGCAUCAGCAGUUACAAAUAUUUUUCUGUAAACUGUUAAGACAAAUCAGAACAUGUUCAAAUGAGUCACUGCCUAUUCUGUGGGGUUUUUUUAACUAACAAUGACUCAUUCUCCAGAUUUGAGCCCUUUCUCACCUUUUAAAUAAAGCUCAUUUCAUUCUCCCGUAA